GAUGGGCAGAGUGAAUGAGAAGACAGAGAGAGAGAGAGAGAGAGAGAGUCACAACUUAAGGAAGUUAACAAAACAAUAGGAGGAGAACAAAAGACGGAUCACAUUGAAGAAUGGGACUUGUGCAAUACCUCGUGAUUGUCUUGAUGUUGUAUGCACAGGUGGUGCUCACCUCUCCGCUGGCUGAGAGGUCUACUUUAGUCACCGACAAAAAGUGUAAAAUGUGCUCUGCAGGUGAGUUUCAGAAGUCUUGUACCGAGUGUGAGCCCUGUCCUGCUGGCAGCUUCACAAAUGACAGGAACAGUGAAGACAGCUGCCAUCGCUGCUUCGGAGACUGCAGAUCAGAUUAUCAUCUUAAAGUGGUUGAGAACUGCACCAGCACAUCUGAUUUAAAAUGCGUCUGUGAGGCUGGUUUCAAGUGCAAUGACAAGGUCCGAUACUCAACUGUAGGCAACUGUAGAUCCUGUGUCAAGAUCCCGGAAACACCCCGAAAUGUGGCAACAGCGCCGACCCCAGGAAAUGAUAAGCAGACGCCUUCCUCAGUUUCCUCUGGACAUACCAUCACUUCUGCCAAACCCUGCCAAUUUUCUGAAUGCCAGCAGUCAGUCCCACCGACACCCAGUGCAGAUGCCAUGAGCAGUCAGCUGGCAGCCAUUUUGGGUCCACUGGCUAUUAUGGGAUGUCUUGCCCUUGUGAUCCUUUUCUGUGUCUGUCACCAAGGAGAUGAAACAUGUUUCAAGCAAGCUAUUGCAAAGAUUUGUAAUGAGGGAAAGCAAGAUGCUUCUCACAAGUCAAAGGAGUCAAGUCAUCAGUUCCCCAGAGACUCAUUCUGUGCAAAGCAGCAGCCACCGUCUCUCUCAGCAGCCAAUCUGGGUUCAGUCCAUGUCCACAAUCCAGGGACGGUCAUCUUCAGCUUGCUCAGCCAGUUUACAGGGCAAGUUGGUGCGACCAUUGAAGGUGGGAAGGCAGCUGAGACAGUGGGAAGUGAAGAAGAAGACGAAAGAGACUGUCCUGUGUGUCAUCCCACCUCCUCUCCCAGUAUUCAUCUCUCCGAGGAGGAGAGGAGUGGAGAGAUUGACAGCAUUUUCUUCCCCUCCCAAGAGCAGGGGAAGGACUGCCACAUGUCCAAAGAGGAGGAGCUAUGAUACAUAGCAAAAUUCCCAGGGGAUUUGUGUUGGUGGUUAUGACUAUGACCCUAAACACAUCCUUUUAAAGGAAGGAAUCAUAAAACUGUCAAACUACAAAUGAACGCGGAGCACAUUUCAUCUUCUGCUGGCAAACUGUGAAGGAUUGCAGUGCUCUAUGGUAACUUUAUUUCCUGCAGGUUCUGGGAAAACUUGUGGUUGGUAAGCACCAGAAACUUUACUUCGUGAUGAACAGCUGGAAGGUGAUUUAUUUUCUAAGUUUUAAUUUAAUAAAUCCUGUAAAUACUCUCUGAUAAGCUCUGUCAUCUUUCUAAAGUAUUAGACCUGAAUGUUUAAUGUUUUGAA